AUGGAAACUGCUGCACUACCCAUGGCCAUGCAAUCGCCCGUUCCUUGCAGAGGAUUUUCGGCGAGCUUGCCGGCACAGCCGCGGCCAUUUGCAUGCCGUUGGGGGCACACAGAAGUGAAAUCUAGAGAACGGGAUCUUCGAAGUCCACUUGCCUUCUUCAUCCUUGCCUUGUCUGCGUCUGGCUAUCGAGCAGAUGUUCGCUCGAGAGGGCGCAAGCAAUCAGCAGUCUCUCACAGAGGCAACGCCGUUCGGCUGUCGAGUCAAUCAACCAGUGUUGCACCUGUUCCUCCAGUGUCGGGUGGCCUUCGGAGACUAUGGUCUUGUGCGACAUUUUCUUGGGUCAGUGCGCUGAUGCGCCGUGGGAACAGACCACCUCCUAUUGAAACCCUUCAGCUCCUGCCUGCACCUCGUGAUAUGCGAGCCGCGGACCUAGCACGCGAGCUCUCUUCGGCGCUCCUGGAGACUUCUUGGCGGGCUGCCCACGGCAAGAGCCACGCUGCACAUCCACAGGAACCAGAAGGGCUAAGCCGGCUAAGCCAUUUCCAGCUGCGUAAUGCACUACUGCACUUGCACCGGGGGCGCAUCUUUAGCACCGGCGUGCUCCGCUUUGUCAACACCUUGGUGCAAUUUUUGCCUGCACUGUUUUUGGGGCCUCUACUCCGAGCAGUACAACAAGGAAACUUUGUAGCUGGAAGGAAUUCUGCACUGGCCCUUUUUGCGGUCCUGUGCCUGAAGACAGUGAUUGAGAACCAGUUCUUUCACCAGACAACAGUAAUGGCCACGCGUGUCCGAGCAAUGUUGCAGGCCUCGAUUUACGAGAAGAGCUUGCGCUUACAUGAGGCUGUUGCUGCCGUGCCUCCCGUCACACUCAUGCAAGUAGACACAGGGAAGGUGGAGGAGUUGACGUAUUCGCUGCACACUCUUUGGGAUGGCAUUUUUCAAGUAGUUGGCUACUCGGUGCUGUUGUGGUGGUACCUUGGUUUGGCUGGUUUCGCUGGCAUAGUGAUUCUCGUUGUCUUCAUGCCUUUCAAUGCCAGUCUCCAACGCCAGCUCUCUGGACUGAAUAAGUCCUGCCUGCAAACGACAGAUGCCCGAGUCUCAAAGACGGCAGAGAUCCUGAACGGCAUCCGAGCUUUGCGCCAAAUGGGCUGGGAGGAUGUCUUCGAGCGUACCAUCCGUCGGCUCCGUGACUCCGAGUUAACGGCGCAGCGGAAAAGGGAUACUGUGGGAGCCUAUCUGCUGUCCUACUUCAGUGCACUUCCCCCCUUCAUGAUCGCGGUCGUGUUGCUGGCAUACGUUGCAGGCCAAAGGGCCAGCUUCAACGCAGCCAUGAUCUUCACGGCAUUGUCACUUCUGAACCAGAUCCGAUUCCCAUUGCUGUUUUACCCCAGUGCCUUGAAUGCCUUGGCAGAGGGGCAGGCAGCUUUGAAGCGAAUCGCCGGCUUCCUUUGCUUGGAAGAGGCUGCCGCACCACGGCCGCCGAUGUCGGAGGAUGCCCAGCUGCCACUGCUGCUGGUGCCGGGCAGCUAUCGCAUUGGAAAGGAUCACGCAGCAGGCCACGAGGGCCACAGUGCCCCGACGCUCGCCGUCUCCGAGCACUUGAGUGUCGCACAUGGCGAGCUGGUGGGCGUCCUCGGCCCCGUCGGCUCCGGCAAGUCCACCCUCUUGCGAGCCUUCCUUGGGGAGCUGCCCGGCACCUCCUUGCCCGCGCCGCCGCAGAACGUAGCAUACUGUUCUCAACAGCCGUGGAUUCCAGAAGGGCGAACGCUCCUCGAAGUGGUGGCUGGGGUGUGGAUGGACGAGACGGCGCCUUUCGUGCCCGACGUGGACUAUGGCGCAUUCUCCAGAGCCCUGUCCGCAGCUGCCGUGGACUUUGCCGAGAUGAACGAUGAGGUGAGUGCGACAUCCUUGAGUGGGGGCCAGCAAGCUCGGUUGGCUCUUGCCAGGGCGAUGUACCAAGCAGAAAUUGGCAGUGUCUGUGCUUGCGUGCUGGACGAUGUGACGGCGGCCUUGGAUCCGCAAGUCACCCUUCAAGUGAUUAACAACUGUCUGAAUGGUCCCUUGCAGGAUAUGGCCACACUGCUAGUUUCCAGUGACCCUGGACCGUGGCUGCAGCGCUGCGACCGAAUUAUCGUCAUGUCGUCCAGCUCAGAUUCUGGGUCCUUUCAGCUGCAAGUCGACUUCGCAGGCAGCUACGCUUCUUUGGCUCAGUCAGGCAGGCUCGAGCUAUCCUUGCCGCAAGCACAGCCAGAGCCCACGGUCGCAGUCGCUGAGGAAGAGGCAGAAGUCAGUGAGCUCAAGGAAAGCUUUGAGGCUUCGACAGAGGUCUCAGAAGAGGGCUCUGAGGGCACGGUGGAGAAGCCGAAGAGCAAACAGAUCACUGCGGAGGAGGCAAGGGCCUCCGGUGCAGUGCCUUUGAAACUUUAUGCUCGCUACUUCCAAAGUGCCCGAAGCCCACUUCUCCUGGGCCUCGCAGUUGCUGCGGUGAUUGCAAGCUAUGGGGCGACAGCUGCCCAACAAUGGUGGAUCGGCUUGUGGACGGCCGAUGCUACCAUGAAGCGCGGCUUGGGCUACUACAUGCUGGGCGUAAUCUUCUGGGGCUUGCUGGCCUCUGGCUUGACCUUUGGACGAUCUUUGCUGAUAGCAGCAUUUUCCCGAAGGGCCUCACGAGCAGUUCACGACGAUCUCUGCGAGAAGGUCUUGGUGAGGGCAUCGACUUCCCACUUUGACCGCAAUCCCUCCAGCCGUUUGCUGCAAAAUUUUUCGAAAGAUCUGGAGCAGAUCGACAACAGCCUCCCUAACAGCCUACGGUCAGCAGUGUCCAGCGUCACAACACUUGCUGGAGCUGCGGUCACGAUCGUCUUGGCCACCCCGAGCUUCACGGUGAUCAUGUUGCCCCUGCUCUGGUUGUACACGCGUUCCCUGCAGUACUACCGACCCGUCGCUCGAGAGCUGAAGAGGCUCGAGCCCCUGGCGAGGUCUCCGGUCUACGCGGAGCAGGCAGCCGCCGCCUCGGGCGUCAUCACCAUCCGCAAGCUGGGCCUCGGCAACGUCAUGGCCGCACGGGCCUUGCGCGCCAUCGACUCGAACACAGCCGUGUCCUUUGCUGCCAAGGCGGUGGAUCGAUGGUUUUCGCUUCGGAUGGAACUGCUUGGGAACCUCAUCGUGUUGGCAGCUGCGCUUCUAAGCUUGUGGACUGGGGCCAAUGCUGGCGCCUGGGCAGCGGCUCGGGCAGCCAUCGCUGUAACUCAGGCACUGUCCGUUUGUGGCCUGCUGAAUUGGACUGUGCGGACCAUUGCCCAGACCGAGACCAGCUUUACGUCCUUUCAGCGUAUCUCUGACUCGCUGUCUGCAACGGAGCUUGAAGCCUCCCGUGAGCUGCCGGCUGACGCGAAGCUUCCCAGUGCCUGGCCUGUCAGCGGAAGCAUCUCCUUCGAGGAUGUGUCCUUCAGCUAUCGCAAGCACUUGCCUCCUGUUCUGCGGGGCCUCUCCCUUGACCUCGCUGCGGGCAAGCGCAUUGGGGUAGUUGGGAGGACGGGCAGCGGGAAGUCCACAUUGCUGCGACUGCUGCUGCGUACGGUGGAAGUUUCAGAGGGAUCAGUGAAAGUGGAUGGUGUGGACCUCCGCCAAGUUGGGCUGGCCCGCCUCAGGUCCUCUGUGACUGCCAUCCCCCAGGACAACUUCCUGGUGACGGGCACGGUUCGUGAGAACGUAGAUCCUCGAGGUAGCUACAGCGACGAGGAAGUCCGGCAUGCACUGCAGGCGGCCUCGCUUGGUAAUUGGGAUUUGGAGCGUCGAGUCUCUGCUUCCGGCGGAAUCUCGCCGGGAGAGAAGCAACUCAUCGGUGUAGCACGGGCCGUCCUCCGGAAGUCGAGGAUUGUGGCUCUGGACGAGGUCACCUCACGAGUAGAUAAGGGUACGGAUGAGAAGGUGCAGUCAGCACUCAAGCGGCUGCCGGAAGGAACAACCUUACUGGUGGUCUCGCACAGACUCGCCACCUUGCAGGACUACGACACUGUCGUGGUACUCGGUGACGGUCAUGUGGUUGAGAUAGGCAAUCCGAAGGAUUUGGAAAGCAAUCCAGAAUCUCAGUUUGCGAGCAUGCUCGCAGCCGAGCGGAGCGGGGAGAUCUUUUAA